GAACCUGUCAAAACAAUCACUUUUCUCAUACGCAGCAGCCUCCAGCUAAUUAGUGCAGAAAAAACCCUCUAAUUUCUCCAAAAUUGUGCAAAAAUGAGUUCGUAAUCCGGGUUGCUUCCAGAACACGAUGACACGGCACCACCGCCGCACCGUGAGUGACGUGUUCAACAUCGAGGUCCAGGAGGACGACUACGCGUCAUCACCUACGACGGCUCAUCAGGUCGUCAACUUUGGGGGCACUUCCAACAAGUGUUCACCGUCGUCGUCGUCCAGCGACUUCCAAAACACGAGCGACAGCAACUUUCUGCUGCGCACGGAUUCGGCCUACCGGCGCCAGUAUCACGGUCCGAAUAGGAUGAUGAUGGCUGCGGCAGGGUUGGAGGAUGGUGAAGACGGGGAUCUGGACGGGGUGCACGCGUUGGAGGAGGACGGUGACGAGUUUGACGAGGGUGGUGGCGGUGGUGGCGACGAGAACGACAAGGAAGGUGACGGCGGCAGCAGCCAGUUUGAAACCAGUGGUGGCACAGAUUGUAGCAAGGCGAGUCGAGUGGCAGUCGACAGCUUCCGACGAUGGUCGGCCAACUUUGGCAAGAGCAUCAAGAACAAUAAGCGGAACAUGUACAACAAGACGAUCCGGUUCAUGCCGUCGCGACUGCAGAAGACUCUCUCGAUUGAUGGCGACCUGUUCACGACAACGGCUUCCGACGUUGAGCAGAUAACGCUGGAACUUGAGCAACGCGAGCAGCUCAUGGAGGACAACCCGCUGUCGGAACAGCUGCGCAUCGAAGCGAUCAAGUCGAUGGCACAGACGCUGUCGAUCAAGCGCCAAAUCCGGGCGAACCUGACCCGUACGGUGAAUCGGCGGUCCGUCAGCCGGUCCCGGUCGGUCAGCUUCCUGCGCAAGUGUCGCUACCGGGGCAAGAUGUACGCCAGCCGGUUCGCCAAGUUCGCCAAGAAUGCGUUCAGCAGCUUUGAGCUGUUCUACGGAAGCAUGAAGCAGAUCGAGGGACAUUUUGGGAGCCGAAUCAGCGCGUAUUUUAAGUUUCUUCGCUGGUUGUUGGUGCUGAAUCUGGUGCUGGUGAUCUUCAUGUUUUGGUUCGUCACCUUUCCCCAGAUACUGUACUCGGGGAUGGAACGGGAGGCGCUGUCGAACGUCACCGUGAGUGACGUUGACGGGCUGUCGAGAGACGUACUGACAGACUUCCACUAUACGAAUGUGUUUACGGGAACGGGCUACCUCAACAACUCGAUCCUGUUCUACGGCUUCUACAGCAAUGAAUCGUUCACCCUGCUGCCGGGAACCGCCGAGUACAGCCUGCCACACGCGUACUUCCUCACCACGAUCGUCAUGUAUGUGGCCAUCUUCGUCGUCGUAUCGCUCAGCAUGGCUCGCUCGUACAAGAUCAGCUUCAUCGAGGCGAGCGGAGCGGUCCACAACGUGCUGACGCACAAGAUCUUCUGCUCGUGGGACUUUGGCGUGGCGAACGAGAAGGCGGCCCAGCUGAAGCAUGCCAACAUUUACCAGGAACUGCGCGAGUACCUGGCGGCGAUGAACCGAGCUGAACGCGCUUCCGGCAGGUGGCAGAAGCUGCGGAGUACGGCACUUCACGCGACGGCGCACCUGAUCGUGCUGACCUUGAUCGCUGGCGUCAGCUUUGGGCUUUGGAUGCUGCUGAAGCAGUUUGGCGGAACGAAGCACUUUGACACCUGGUCGGCGCUGUACGUGUCGAUCGCGACUAAUGUAACCAUGCUGGUGUUUCACUACAUCUUCCAGUUUAUUUCCAAAAUCGAAGACUACCACCGCUCCUCAACGGCGCUCAACAUCAACCUCCUGCGCAACUUCCUGCUGCAGCUGUGCAUCGUCGGCGUCCUCAUGUUCUACUGGCUCACCCGACCCUACGAGGGCUGCUGGGAGACCGCCAUCGGGCAGGAAAUCUACCGCCUCAUCGUGAUUGACUUUGUCGUCUCCGUUCUGUUCCUGACCUUCCUACAGGGCACGCGCUACGCCGCCAACCGCUUCUACAGCCGCUCGAUCUCGCUGCCCGAGUUCUGCCUCACCAGCAACAGUCUCGGACUGGUCUACAACCAGACGCUGCUCUGGUUCGGGCUGCUCUUCUCGCCGAUGCUGUGCGUGAUCGUGGCCGUCAAGCUGUUCCUCAUGUUCUACGUCAAGAAGCUCAGCCUGAUAUACUUCUGCAAACCGCCGAGCAAGCUGUGGCGCUCCAGCCAGACUCAAACCCUCUUCUUGGUUCUGGUGUUCGUCUCGAUCUUCGGCGUCAUCAUAACCCACGCGUACAUCAUGACCAAGGUUCCCGUCAGUGACGUUUGCGGACCGUUCCGAGGCAACCAGUACAUGUACAAGCUCUUCAUGGAGGGCAUCCUCAAGCUAAGGCAAGAGCACAUCUUCUGGAAGAUCUUCGUCUACGUCACCAAACCGGCCAUCAUCGGCGGCGUCCUGCUGACCAUGGGCGUCAUCACGUACUACCUGCGCGCCAAGUCUAAAGCUCAAAUCGCCAAAGUCAAGCUUCUUAAAGAACUCCUGUGCAUGGAAGCAAAAGAUAAAGAGUUCCUGUUGGCAAACAUUAGCAAGAUAACGCGUGGAAAGGAGUGGAACUUUGACAAGGAUUUGCUGAACGGGAGGAAGAACAGUGCCGACAAGUACUACAGCGAUCCGAGUGCCACCUGGCGGUACGCGGACAGUCCGCGUAAGAUUAGCGGGAACUCGGUGCUGCACGCGGGUGAUGAGGAGGGUCCGACCAGUUCCGGCUAUCAGCGCAUCGACGAGUUCACCGAGGAACGAGUGCGGAUGAGGCGGUUUUAAGCAGCGAUCGCGGAAUGUUUGCUUCCUAAAGUUAUGUAUCUCCUUAAUGAAAUUAAGACACGAUAGAGUUCUGAGGCAACUCAGUAUUAUGCGAUAUUUAUAUUUAUUUUACACGUUAUCCAAUACAUUUGAAAGUGUUUCGCACUUAAAA